AUGCCCAAGAAGAAGCCGACGCCCAUCCAGCUGAACCCGGCCCCGGACGGCUCCGCGGUUAACGGGACCAGCUCGGCGGAGACCAACCUGGAGGCCUUGCAGAAGAAGCUGGAGGAGCUGGAGCUCGAUGAACAGCAGCGGAAGCGCCUCGAGGCCUUUCUGACCCAGAAGCAGAAGGUGGGGGAACUGAAGGAUGAUGACUUCGAGAAGAUCAGUGAGCUGGGUGCCGGCAAUGGAGGUGUGGUGUUCAAGGUCUCCCACAAGCCGUCCGGACUCGUUAUGGCCAGAAAGCUGAUUCACCUGGAGAUCAAACCUGCCAUCCGGAACCAGAUCAUAAGGGAGCUGCAGGUUCUCCAUGAGUGCAACUCCCCUUACAUUGUGGGCUUCUACGGGGCGUUCUACAGCGACGGCGAGAUCAGCAUCUGCAUGGAGCACAUGGAUGGGGGUUCCUUGGAUCAAGUUCUGAAGAAAGCUGGAAGAAUUCCUGAACAAAUUUUAGGAAAAGUUAGCAUUGCUGUAAUAAAAGGCCUGACAUAUCUGAGGGAGAAGCACAAGAUUAUGCACAGAGACGUCAAGCCGUCCAACAUCCUAGUGAACAGCCGUGGGGAGAUCAAGCUCUGUGACUUCGGGGUCAGCGGGCAGCUCAUCGACUCCAUGGCCAACUCCUUCGUGGGCACCAGGUCCUACAUGUCGCCAGAGCGACUCCAGGGGACCCAUUACUCCGUGCAGUCGGACAUCUGGAGCAUGGGGCUCUCUCUGGUUGAGAUGGCGGUCGGGAGGUAUCCCAUCCCUCCUCCAGAUGCCAAGGAGCUGGAGCUGAUGUUUGGGUGCCAGGUGGAGGGAGAUGCGGCUGAGACCCCGCCCAGGCCAAGGACCCCCGGGAGGCCCCUCAGCUCUUAUGGAAUGGACAGCCGACCUCCAAUGGCAAUUUUUGAGUUGUUGGAUUACAUAGUCAAUGAGCCUCCUCCAAAACUGCCCAGUGGAGUAUUCAGUCUGGAAUUUCAAGAUUUUGUGAAUAAAUGCUUAAUAAAAAACCCCGCAGAGAGAGCAGAUUUGAAGCAACUCAUGGUUCACGCUUUCAUCAAGAGAUCUGAUGCUGAGGAAGUGGACUUUGCAGGUUGGCUCUGCUCCACCAUCGGCCUUAACCAGCCCAGCACACCCACCCAUGCGGCUGGCGUCUAA